GAGAGAUAGAUAGAGAGAGUGUAGAGCAUGGCACAGUCGUGGAUAACAGAGGUGAGUAUGGAGCUUGAUGCAGAGACUCCUAAACCCCCGGCGCCUCCCAUUCCUCCGCCGCCCCCACCCGACCCUCCCACGCCCUCUGCUGUUCAAGCGGGAGCUCAGAUCAGCUACGCCGCGGCGCCUCCUGGCCCGACUGGCGGAGGUCCAAAUGGCAUCAUGCCUCCGGGCGCGCCGGCUUUCUACCAGGAUCCGUACAGUUCUUUCUCCCAGUAUGGUGCUGCACAGCAAUAUGCAGAUCCUCAGGCUUCUCAGUGGGCGGGCUACUACCCAGGGUAUAACUACAACAACGGCCAUCCUCAGCAGUACCAGGCGUACCCGCCAGCCCCAAGCUAUCAGGGGUACGUCCAAGAUGCGCAGCAGCAGCAAUUUGGGCAACAGGCUUAUGCCCAGCAGUGGGCAGGGUAUGCAACUGCUGUACCUCAACCUCAGCCGGUUGCUCCUCAAGCGUACCCAGCCCAGGCCCCUUACCUGCAAGGUCAACCAUAUCUGCCGACCCCCGAGAUAGCGCAGCCGCCAGUACCGGCACAAGCACCAGGGGCCUUUCUUGGCGGUUCCGGGGGUGCCCCCCCCCCCCCAAUUUUGAGGGGUUCUUUCCAAGAGGGGGGCCCCCACAAUUUGGGCCAACGGGUUUUCCCCCCGCGGGGGCGGGGGUUGCAACUUGUUUCCCUCCACCUCCGCGGGGUUGCCCCCAAGGGGCCCCCGCCCGGGCCCCUUCCCCGAAAGGUUAACCAUUUUCGCCCGCCCCCGGAAAGGGGGCAGCCCCCGUUCCGGCCAAACCCCCCGGUUUUGGGGGCCCCGUUCCCCCCCCCCCCCCCCCCCCCCCCGCCCCCUCCUCCCGAUGCAGGUGAACAAAAGGAGACGCGUGCGCUCGACCAACGUUCUUCUGCUACCCACAAAUCAGAGGCACCCGCGGGUCUGGUCACUAGCCAAGAGGUUCCGCAGCCACAAACAACCGGGAAUGGUAGCCACCGGGGCAGUCCUGUCCUUUCCAAACACAGGAGUGCGCCACCUGCCCCAAAGGAAGCUGAGCGUCGCACGGAGGAGCCGGGAGACGACGGGGCUUGGCCAUCCUCGCUCAGGCGCUAUCUGCAGCGAGCAUUCGAUAAGUGCGACAAAAAGCAAGGUUCGAAGCAACAUGCGCAGCUCGAGAAGGCCUUGCACCGCAAGGUGACGGACGCCAUGGCAGAAAACGCCAUGCUCACAAAAGAUUGGGACAACGAGCCGCUGCCUAGCUUGGUGGCCUCCAAGAGAGAGCGGUCUCCUUUGCGGGGGGCGGGGCGAAAUCGCCAAGGCGAGAAGAACAAGAAGCGAAAUCACGGUCAGAUCGAGGCGCGCGCAGCAGCUACCCCACGAAAGGGCAAAGGUUCCCUCUCCAGAAUGCCUCAGGCGGACCAGCGACGGUUGUCUAACCGCCUGGAGAGGUUCGAUCUGGGGAUGCGCCCACCGCCGUCUUCGUCGUCGCGCACGGGGAAUGAUCUGGCGUUCCAGAGCAAGCCGAUGGUAGACGACAACGGUAUGGUGGAUUGGGCCGCGAUCACAAUCAAGGGGACAUCGACCAAACUCGAGAAGGACUACCUGAGGUUGACUCAGCCUCCAGACCCAGCGAGCGUGCGUCCACAGUCUAUCCUGGAGAAGAGCUUGGAGAACAUCUCUGCCAAGUGGGCGAAAGGAGGACUGGACUACAUCUAUGCCUGCUCGCAACUCAAGGCAAUCCGUCAGGAUUGUGUUGUCCAGCGGAUAAAGAACGCCUUCACGGUACAGGUUUACGAAGGGCAUGCUCGGAUUGCUCUGCAGCAGGGGGAUCUAAACGAGUACAACCAGUGCCAAACUCAGCUCCAGGAGCUUUACGCCUGCGGGCUUGAGGGAUCUCAGGAAGAGUUUACAGCAUACCGCGUGCUGUACUAUCUCUACCUUCAAACAAGCUGCUCUGGGGGAUCUACGGGGCUUCAGAAAAUUCUUCAGGAGCUGCCGGCUGGCGAGCAAGCCCCGGCAAUCAACCACGCUUUGCGUGUUCGCAAGGCGGUGGCAAUGACGGACUACCACCUUUUCUUCUCCUUGUACAAGACCACUCCCAACCUUGGUCAGCACAUCAUGCAGAAACUCCUCAAAACAAUGCGCGUGGAGGCGUUGCGUCGAAUUAUCAAGGCGUACCGACCUACAAUAUCACUAUCGUUCGUCCUGGGCGAGCUGAUCUUCGAUACGGACGAAGAUGGAGUGGCGUUCCUGCAAGCGUGUGGCGUGAUUUUCACACCAAACGGAGCCGAAGUCGCGUGCAAAGAGAGCAGUGUAGACGCGAGCGGACUGGAUGCGGACGCCCCAAAUUCCCUCUUGUGACCAUAAGAUGUUUGUACUAAACGAAUAGGUUAGAGGUAGUUACAUAGUGGCGUUAGUUUUCAAGAAGCUUCGAUGUUUUGUUUUCUCUCGACAGCGUGGCGACCAUGUGAGUCCCCGAGCCCUUGGGGAUCUUGAAAACGAUUUUGGCGAAGGCACCUAAAGUGUGAUCAUCAGAUGACUCUGGUUUGUUCCGGCGUACGUCCAAGCCACCGGCCGAUGCCUGCCCAGACGUUACUC